AUGUCGCAGGACAAGUUGACCCGUAUCGCCAUUGUCAACCCCGAUAAGUGCAAGCCCAAGAAGUGUCGCCAGGAGUGCAAGAAGUCCUGUCCCGUCGUCAAGACCGGCAAGUUCUGCAUCGAUGUCGACCCAACUUCCAAGAUCGCCUUCAUUUCCGAGAGCUUGUGCAUAGGAUGUGGCAUUUGUCCUAAGAAAUGCCCCUUCGACGCGAUCAACAUCAUCAACUUGCCUACAAACCUCGAGUCGCAGGUCACACACCGUUACGGCCCCAAUUCAUUCAAGCUGCACCGGCUGCCCAUGCCACGUCCUGGUCAGGUGUUGGGUCUGGUUGGAACGAACGGUAUUGGGAAGAGCACGGCGUUGAAGAUAUUGGCUGGCAAGCUGAAGCCAAAUUUGGGAAGACACGAUGACCCGCCGGAUUGGGAAGAGGUGCUCAAGUACUUCAGAGGUUCGGAGUUGCAGAAUUAUUUCACCAAGAUCCUCGAGGACAACCUCAAGGCUGUCACCAAGCCGCAAUACGUCGAUCAAAUCCCCAAAGCUGUCAAAGGCACUGGUGCUGCCCGUCACGUCGGUGCUCAGAUCAAGCAGCGUUGUCAAGUGGACGAGGACAGAAUGAAUGAGAUUGUCGACGUGCUAGGUAUGUUUUGGAAACACGGUGCAUCAAUUUGUCCGGAUGUCUAAUUUGAUGUAGAAUUGAGGCAAGUCUGGGACCGUGAAGUCGACCUCCUCUCUGGAGGAGAAUUGCAACGUUUUGCCAUCGCAAUGGUCUGCGUCCAAAAGGCCGAUGUGUACAUGUUUGACGAACCAUCGUCUUUCUUGGAUACCAAGCAACGUCUAUCCGCCGGCCGCAUGAUCCGCAGUUUGCUCCGCCCCGACUGUUAUGUUAUCGUCGUCGAGCACGAUCUGUCGACUCUGGACUACCUGUCGGACUACAUUUGCUGUCUUUACGGAAAGCCUGCAGUCUACGGUGUUGUCACUGCUCCCUUCUCGGUCCGUGAAGGUAUCAACAUCUUUUUGGACGGCAACAUCCCCACCGAGAACUUGCGUUUCCGGGAGGAAAGCUUGCAGUUCCGCAUGGGAGAUGCUUCUGAUGACUUCUUGGUGGACAAGUCACGUGGCUACGCCUACCCAAACAUGACCAAGACUCUCGGAAACUUCAAUCUCACCAUCAACAAGGGCGAAUUUACCGAUUCCGAGAUCAUCGUCAUGAUGGGAGAGAACGGUACCGGCAAGACCACUUUCUGUAAGAUGCUGGCUGGAGCUGAGAAGCCCGACGAUGGCAAAAAGGUUCCCCAGAUGCACAUCUCCAUGAAGCCACAGAAGAUCACACCGAAAUUCCAAGGCACCGUGCGUCAGCUCUUCUUCAAGAAGAUCAAGGCGGCCUUCCUCAGUCCUCAGUUCCAGACUGAUGUCUACAAGCCCCUCAAGAUCGACGAUUUCAUCGACCAGGAGGUUCAAAACUUGUCUGGAGGAGAAUUGCAGCGUGUCGCGAUUGUGUUGGCCUUGGGCAUGCCGGCUGACAUCUACCUCAUUGAUGAACCAAGUGCCUACCUGGAUUCUGAGCAGCGUAUCAUCGCCUCUCGUGUCAUCAAGCGCUUCAUCAUGCACUCCAAGAAGACCGCUUUUGUCGUGGAGCACGACUUCAUCAUGGCGACUUACCUCGCCGACCGCGUCAUCGUCUUCGACGGUCAGCCAUCCAUCAAAUCCCGUGCGAACACUCCCGAGAGCUUGCUCACAGGCUGCAACAAAUUCCUCAAGAGCUUGAACGUCACUUUCCGUCGUGAUCCAAAUACUUACCGCCCACGUAUCAACAAGCUCAACUCGCAGCUCGACAGCGAGCAGAAGUCCGAGGGGAAGUACUUCUUUUUGGAACAAGAGUCUUGA